UUACUCUUCCAACAACAAAUCACAAUCGUUCACUAUUCGUUCUUUUCUUUCUCUGAAUCUGCAAAAAAAGAAUUAACAAGAAGUUGGCUAUGGCGUUUCCGUCGUGUGUACAGUGUGGAACGAGACAAAACCCGUGUCGGUGCAAAGUGGUGGGACCGACGUUAGGAUUCGUGGCUUUUCUGGUGACCGGAAUCAUCGAAUGGCCAGUUGGUGCGGUGGUCUAUAUAUUUAAACACGGAAAGGGUCGCCGUAUAAUGGGUCAUCCAGCCACCGUGGUUUAUCCUAAAGUCUCAAGAUCUAUUCCCAUUUGACUUUGUCUUCGUUUAAUAUGAUAUGUAUGUAUUGUAUGUCUUUGGUUAACAAAUGUUUUUACUCUUUUUGUAAUAAAAGUUUCGAACCCAACUAUCCAAGUAUGGAUUAGUUUCUGAUAUGUAUAAUAAUAACCAACUAAAGAUUUACUCUAUGUAAUGAUGGAACUCAUUAUACUGUUAUUUUGUCGCUUUUUU